UCGUACCUGUUUGUCCUGCCAGUGAGAGGAGGAGGAGGAGGAGGAGGAAGGCGGGGAGGGAGAGCUGAAGUACUCUCAGAGCGGUCAGACACUGAGGGAAACACUGAUCUGAUCACAUGGAGGACAGACACACAGCCAGAGACGGCAGGAAACACCUGAGCUAUCCUCAGCUGGAUUGUGAGACGUAUGGAGGACGUGUUUCCAGCGGAGAGGACAGGAAGCUGUGGCCCAGACCUCUGGCUCAGAAGUGGACGGUGGUGCUGUUUUGGGGAACGUGCCUGCUGUACUGCGCCCGCAUGGCGAUGCCCAUCUGCUCCGUGUCCAUGGCCGCCUCCUUCCACUGGAGCAAGAUCGACUCGGGUCUGGUGCUGGGGGGAUUCUUCUGGGGCUACUGCUUCACUCAGAUCCUGGGAGGACACAUCAGUGACAAGGUGGGAGGGGAGCGCGUCCUCUUCAUCUCGGCCGCCUCCUGGUCUCUGAUCACAGCUGUGACUCCUCUGCUGGCUCACUUAGGAUCUCACACCCUCGCUCUCAUGACCCUCGCCAGGUUCCUCAUGGGACUCACACAGGGAGUUUUUUUUCCAUCUUUGGCCAGCCUCUGCUCUCAGAGAGUUCUGGAAGGAGAGAGAGGGUUUCUGAUGAGCACCAUGAACAGUGGGGCAAAUCUGGGGGCUCUGACGGCGGGGGGGAUGGGCUCUCUGAUGCUGGAGGAGUACGGCUGGGAGAGUUUGUUUUACAGCAUCGGAGCUCUGGCCGGACUCUGGGCUCUCGUCGUCUGGCUGUGUUUACUGAAAGGAGUAGAAGUACCCCCGAGGCCGAAGAACCCGAAAGACCCUCAGUGGAGUUUAUCCAGAUGGCUGAGUCUCGUCAAAAAGCCUCCUGUCUG